AAGCAACUCUUUGGAAAUUAACUUUUCGUUCGAAUCUCAAAAUACGCGACAAAAUUCGUUAUUCUAUUUUGUAGCAAUAGGAAUAAGCACUUGGUGAAGAUGCUAUGCACCCAGCAACCGUUAAUGUUCCAGCCGUGCCAGAUCCUGGCCAGCUUUCGGCGUGUCGGCACCUCGCUGUUGCUUCAGUGCAAAAAGGCGAACGGCGAUGACAAAUUUCGCGUGGAACGGGACACAUUUGGCGAGCUUCAGGUGCCGUCCGACAAGUUGUACGGUGCGCAGACCAUGCGCUCGGUUCUCAAUUUUCCCAUUGGCAGCAUUGGCGAACGCAUGCCGAAACCCGUCAUUCAGGCCAUGGGCAUACUGAAGAAGGCCUGUGCGGAUGUUAACAAGGAUUUUGGCAUGGAUGCCACGAUAGCAGAUGCCGUUUCCACUGCCUGUGAUGAGGUCAUUUCGGGCAAAUAUUAUACCGAAGGUCACUUCCCGCUGGUCAUCUGGCAGACGGGCUCCGGCACACAGACGAACAUGAACGCCAACGAGGUCAUCAGCAAUGCGGCCAUCAAGGCAAUGGGCGGCGAACUGGGCUCCAAGAAGCCGGUGCAUCCCAACGAUCAUGUGAACAAGUCGCAGAGCUCCAACGAUACCUUUCCGGCAGCCAUACACAUCUCGGUCGGCCUGGAGCUGAACAAUCGCCUGCUGCCCGCCAUUUCGCAGCUGCGGGACGCUCUCGUCUGCAAAUCGCUGGACUUCAAGGACAUCAUCAAAAUCGGUCGCACCCAUUUGAUGGACGCAGUGCCCAUGACACUCGGCCAGGAGUUCAGCGGCUAUGCACAGCAGUUGUCCAAUGCCAUCGCACGCAUCCAAUCCUGCCUGCCGCACGUCUACGAGCUGGCCCUGGGCGGCACAGCCGUCGGCACCGGCCUCAACGCGCCAAAGGGCUUUGCCGAGAAGGUGUCGGCCCGCAUCGCGGAGCUAACGUCCCUGCCGUUUGUGACGGCACCCAAUUUCUUUGAAGCACUCGCUGCGCGCGACACCAUGGUCGAGGUACACGGCGCGCUGAACACCAUUGCCGUCAGCCUGAUGAAGAUUGCCAACGAUAUACGUUUUUUGGGCUCGGGACCGCGCUGCGGUCUCGGUGAACUCAAGUUGCCAGAGAACGAGCCGGGCAGCUCCAUAAUGCCCGGCAAGGUGAAUCCCACACAGUGCGAAUCUCUAACCAUGAUUUGUGCACAGGUCAUGGGCAACCAUGUGGCCGUGACAGUGGGCGGCGCCAAUGGACACUUCGAGCUGAACGUGUUCAAGCCACUGAUUGUUUCCAAUGUGCUGCGAUCCAUACGCCUGCUCGCGGAUGGCAGCGUCAACUUUAGCAAGAACUGUGUGAAGGGCAUUGAGCCCAAUAGUGAGCGUAUUUCCAAGAUCAUGAAUGAGUCCCUGAUGUUGGUCACCGCACUGAAUCCGCACAUUGGCUAUGACAAGGCGGCCAAGAUAGCGAAGACGGCGCAUGAGAAUGGCACCACGCUCAAGGAGGAGGCCAUCAAGGCUGGCGUUACCGAGGAGCAAUUCAAGGAGUGGGUCGAUCCCAAGAAGAUGUUGGGUCCCAAAUAAAUGUGUCGAUCACCUUGUGUACUUUCAAAUCGACGAUUUGAAUAAACCUCAUAAAGUUGCAUCAGUGAAA